AUUUCAUCACUAUAACAAACUGUUUUUAGCAACCGUUCCAAAAGUUUUUAUUUUAUUCAAAUGUAUUUAUUUCAACUCGUAUUUAAUACGCAAGUCUCCCAUUGGCCCUACUAUGUUACUGUCAUAUGUAUCCAUAAUUACAUUCCCACAAAUAAUAACCCUCAAAGUUACUGUAGGUUUGUUUUCAAAGAAAAGAUGCAUAUAACUCUCUCCCCGCCCAUUUUUGGAUGACACCCACUUGGCAUCAUUAUCAACAUAACCAACAAAAACUUGAAAAAAACAGGAAGGCAAGGGGAUAUGACAAGUAUUUUAUCAACAGGUUACAAAUCACCUGCAGCCGUCGAUAUUCAAACAUUUACUUGGAUAGGAGAUAACGCAUGAUGAGGGAAGAUUAUGAAGACUCUGUGAGGAGAGAGAUGUCUGAACACACGAAGGGAUUUUUCGAGCGCGUGCCAUACGUCCAAGUCCAACCCAUAGCGUUCAGCCUGUCAAUGGAUCGUCAGAGAGCGCAUUACUCGGACGCGUUUGGACUUCCAUAUUCUCUGGACGCAAAAACUUUCCUGGAUCCUGUGUACGGUCAGAGAUUUGCAGGGAGCAUAUCCUAUUUCCCUUUACAAGGGCACAACGGUGUAUAUGACUAUUCCUUCGAACCAGCGUUCAUCCGUAAACGGAACGAGAGGGAACGGCAGCGCGUACGCUGCGUAAACGAGGGUUACGCGCGGCUCCGGGAACAUCUUCCACAGGAAUUUGAGGACAAACGACUCAGCAAAGUGGAGACACUGCGCGCUGCAAUAGACUACAUAAAACACUUGCAAGGAGUAACAUUCCAAAUCCAGACCAAUAACAACAACAACAUCACUUCUGUGGGCCAAACAAGCCAUCAGAGACAACAAGCCUGCAUGGCUUCAGGGUAA